UUCCUUCCAGACAUGACUAUUAUAUUUUUUUCUCUCUGAAUUUUAUCUGGAAAUGCCUCGAAAGUUAUUGAUGUAUGAAUAGGAUUUGAUGUGGCCGGAGGUAGAGGAUUUGAUUAACUUUGGCCUUGAUUUCUUGGAAAAAAGAGGCUACACAGCAUUGCAAACUCCUUUCUUCAUGAGAAAAGAGAUCGUUGUCGGUUUGUUUAUCGAUCUUCAUUGAAAAUGAAGAGAAAAUAAAAAGAUUUUUACCGUUUUGUGCUUAUUGUUAUUUAGCUCAUUUACGAGGAUUUUUAUUGUUUUGUGCUUUUGUUCAAUAUUUGGUUACUGGUUUGUUAUUGAUGUAUGGAGUUUGAUUAUUUGUUGAACUGAGAUUUGUUGAUUACUCUUGUUUGAACUGAAAUUUGUUGAUAUACUUCUAUAUUUGGUUACUGGUUUGUAUUGGAGCACGACAAUGGUUAUGACUUUGAUUUAAGAUCAUCUCUAAAUGACACUCUCUGAAUUGGUCGAUACAUGUUCUUUUGCAACUUCAACCAUCUGCAGCGAGAACAAAUAGACAAACACAUCCAAAAGCUUCAACUAAGCACAACAAAUAUGGGAGGUGUAGGAAGUCAAUGGAGUGGGACAAAGCAAUAUGUCCAAAAGUCCACAGCUUCUUCAUGAGUUGAGGAAUCAAUCAAUCUCUAUGGGUGUGGAAGGAAGCUCAUGUUGCAAACAUCUACGAGGAAAUAAAGUUAUGGUAGGCGUUUCCUUGGUUGUCCUUUAUGGAAGAGAAGUGAUCUUACAUGUGUAUACAUUGAAUGAGUUGAUAAUGACGAACAGCUUGAAGUGCAACAAACUGCGAGACUCCGGAUUGGAGCUUCUUUUACAUCCCCCGAGAAACAAGGUUUACAUGAAGAAGGAAGGAGCCUCAUCGCGAGUCCCGGUGACUAGGAUAGGGAGAAGAAGAAGCGGAACCCUCACACGACAGAGGAGUGGCCGCGGCACAACUAAGAGCAGGAAGCCUCACGAAAACUGUCGGGCUGGGAGAGGUCGAGAAGGAAGUCGAAACUUGGCCUUGAGGCCUCUGCCUCUGGUGGCGGUGGCACUGCUGUUCAGGGAGACGAGGGAGAGGGAGGCAGGGAGCAGCUCUGGCGUCUGGAGGUUUCAAAAUUGUCUCACAUUUAACAUGACGUUACCUUUCGUCCAUGGAUUGCUGUGAAAUGCUUACGUGAUCAUUAACAGCCGUCCAAUUGGCCGUUAUCUGCUACGUGUGUUCACCCCAUUGCCCGACCUAUUUUUCUUUUCCCUAUUGUAUCUCUUCUUCUUCUUUUUUUUCUUCCCUUGUUCUUGUUCUUCGCUACCACUACUAACACCACCGUCACCACCACUCCCUCACCCCUCGGGACGU